GAGUGGUCAUUACCAUAGGGCUGAUGUCUUUUAAACUUUGGUGGUUUAGUUUUAAACAGCCAAAUGUGAUGGAUAAAAACAGGUGGAAAAUGGAUUAAUAUCCUCUGCGUUAGGUAACGAGCAGGAAUGCCCACUGCGUGUGAUAUCAAUGCCCAGAGCUUGUUCUGAAACCCCAGUUAAGCAGAAGAUUUAGCAGAAAGUCAAAAAGAGAAUGAAAAAAAAAGUUUGUCGGGAAUUGCAAAUCAUGGUUUCUAAAGCAAAUGAAAAACACACCAAGACACAAGAAAGAUAUUUCAACCCAAAUCUGAAUAAAGGCUAAAACUGAACAGCUGCCACACCUGCAACAGAGAGAUGCUGUAGGCCAGGUUUCAUGUUAGUGUCACACCAAUGACAGGAAACUUUGUCUGUUGCAGUUGUGUGGUAUAUGAGCCACUAACGAACAGGUUCUCCGUUUGGCAGACAACUCACUGUCUCAUUGGAAGACAAGAAACCCAAGCUAAGAAAAGGGAUCUGGGGCCGAAUUCUGCUUCGAAAUCAAGCUGUAUUAAGGAACAAGACAGAAUCUAUUUUCCAAUGGGGAAUUGAAGCUAAAAGAGUCUGCUUUGUCGAUUGGUCGUUAGAAUGUAGAAUUCCCAUAUCUUCAGUAUUGAGAAAUAUAAGAGACCAUGGGCUGUAGCAGUUCAGAGUACGAUGACGACUGGGUAGAGAACAUCGAUGAAUACUGCGAGCACUGUAACUGCCCUAUUAAACCAGAUCUCGCGCCACAGCACUCAAUCAACACGGAUAUAAGGGAUCCACUGGUGCGGUAUGAAAAGUACACUCCGCCCAGCUCUCCUCUUCCUGACAACCUGGUCGUAGCGAUAUACAGCUACGAACCCACUCAUAGUGAAGACCUGGGCUUCCAAAAAGGAGAAAAGCUGAAAAUCAUAAGCAAGGAUGGAGGGGAGUGGUUCAUGGCUCAGUCUCUGGCGACUGGAAAGACAGGCUUUGUUCCUCAUAACUUCGUUGCAAAGCUGGACACCAUGGAGACUGAGCCGUGGUUCUUUAAAGAUAUCUCCCGAGUUGAUGCGGCACGGCAGCUUCUGGCUCCGGGAAACACUCAGGGCUCCUUCCUGAUCAGAGAGAGCGAAACCACCAAAGGCUCCUACUCCCUGACUGUGAGAGACUUCGACCAAGAUCAAGGAGACAUCGUUAAGCACUACAAGAUUCGCAAUCUAGACAAUGGCGGGUACUACGUCACGCCAAGGAUAGCGUUCAACACCCUGACAGAUCUCGUGCAGCAUUAUAUGCGAGAGUGUGACGGGCUUUGCACGCGGCUGGUGAAGCACUGCCAGACCCGAGUGCCUCAGAAACCCUGGUGGCAGGAUGAGUGGGAGAUCCCCAGAGAGACCCUGAAACUGGAGAGUAAACUGGGGGCCGGCCAGUUCGGAGAGGUCUGGAUGGGUUUGUAUAACAACGACCGGAGGGUUGCCAUUAAGAAUCUGAAGUCUGGCACCAUGUCUCCCGCUGCCUUCCUGGCCGAGGCAAACCUGAUGAAGAAGCUGCAGCACCCCAAGCUAGUGCGCCUGUACGCCGUGGUGACAGAGGAGCCCAUCUACAUCAUCACUGAGUACAUGGAGAACGGCAGCCUUGUUGAUUUUCUCAAGACACCUCAAGGCGCAAGCAUGACCAUCAAUACACUCAUAGACAUGGCAUCACAGAUUGCAGAGGGAAUGGAGUUCAUUGAAAAGAAAAACUACAUCCACCGUGACCUCCGGGCCGCCAAUAUUCUCGUCUCGGAGGAAUUAAUCUGCAAGAUAGCUGACUUCGGAUUGGCUAGGAUCAUCGAAGACAACGAGUACACAGCAAGAGAAGGUGCUAAAUUCCCUAUUAAGUGGACCGCGCCAGAAGCCAUAAACUACGGCACCUUUUCAAUAAAGUCGGACGUCUGGUCUUUCGGAAUACUCCUCA